UCUGCUCUAAGGCGUGGAAAGCAAGUUGAUGAUGGAAAAAUCCCAGUUGUGUGUAAUUAACUGCAGUAUCACUAGAAGCUGUAAUUGGAUUUCAAGGUUGAACAUUCUUGGCUGAUCCCGGAAGGGUUUGCAUCUCUCAGGACUGGCUCUUUUCUUAGUUGCUGAACCGGAAUUUUGGGCUCCGACAAAAUUUCCCCCUUUCUCCUUGCGGGGAGAUUUUUUUUUGUUUUUUCUGUCGUAGCCCAGUUAAGAACAAGGUUUGAAUCGUGCGCCGUGUUUUCUUUGAGAAGACCAGAUGUUGGUUUGGCCCAAUGUUCUUGAAUCUUGGGGGCUUGAAGAUGGGAGGACUUCAACUCCCAUAAUUCCCCAGCCAGCAUGCUGUAAGAUAUAUAUGGACUUCAACUCCCAGAAUUCUCUAGCCAGCAUGCUUUAAGGUGGGUGGACUUCAACUCCCAGAAUUCCCCAACCAACAUGCUUUAAAAUGGGAGGACUUCAACUCCCAGAAUUCCCCAACUAACAUGCUUUAAAAUGGGAGGACUUCAACUCCCAGAAUUCUCCAACCAACAUGCUUUAAGGUGGGUGGACUUCAAUUCCCAGAAUUCCCCAACCAACAUGCUUUAAGAUGGGUGGACUUCAACUCCCAGAAUUCCCCAACUAGCAUGCCUUCAGAUGAGUGGACUGGGGAAUUCUGGGAGUUGAAGAUCAUCCAUUUUAAGCCAAGCUGGCUAGGGAAUUGAAGUCCACUCAUCUUAAAUUAUGCUGACUGGGGAAUUCUGGGAGUUGAAGUCCAGCCAUUUAAAACAUGCUAGCUUUAAAGAUGUACAGACUGGAUUUGGCAUCCUUCCCAAGAACCUGACCUAGGCAGAUGUGAAUGGGUGAUGGUUAUAACAUACCGUCGCAGGAUAUAAGCUGUUCAGAGUCAAAGCUGCCUUCUGCAAUUGACUGAUGAUUUUGUCAAUGCCAAUGCUCAUCAUUAUGGUCAGUUGCAGAGUCAGCCAGGUGUUCAAAGUAGAUUUGGCAUUUUUGUCCACCCCUUGAAUUCUUCCCAAAAGACCCGGGAUAGAUAGAUGUUGUUGUUCAAAUUCAAACUGCCUUUUGCAAUUGACUGAUGGCGAAUUUGUCAAUGCCGAUGGCAUUCAAUUGUUUCUCCUUUGCUUUCGUUUGCCACAGUUGUUCUAUUUCUCUUUGUGGGUCUUUGUAUUUUGUGAUCUCCUCCAGUUCUUUCUGUUCUGUUCUUCCACAGCCACAUCCACAUCCAAUAGCCAAACUUCCUUGUCUUUCUUAUCGACAGUUGUUGCGUCCGGGGUGUUACGUGACAGGCGCCUGUCUGUUUGAAGUCUAAAGAUAGAGAACGCAUGAGCUUUUUCAUUUUCUAUGAUUAUUUUUUUUUGUAUUUUAUGGUCCCACCAGUUUUUGUGUCGUGUCCCACUCCUCCGCUGACGGCCGGGUCGGGGAAGUCCGUAUCAAGCGUGCCUCUGCAGCUCUGCCAAAGUCCUAGCAAAGUUCUCAAGGCGGGCAGGAGACCAGGAAGUGACUUCAACAAUCCAAGUUAGACUUUGCCUGACUCAGAGAAUGCCAGAAAGCAGAUCCUUUAUAUAGGCCAUGGGGUGUGGCUCCAUGACUCAGCACUUAUCCAGGCCUGCCCCUCCCUUCCUUUUGCUGACGUCGCCUCUCCAUUCUCCCAAAGCGAGGAUCUCUUCAGCCUCCAGCUGUCGGUAAUUCCAGCUCGUGACUGGCUUCAUAUUCCUCAGGCUCAUAUGCUGUGGGGGAGGGGUUUAGUUGCUCCGUCUGUCCGGGCAUGGUGCCAGGACUGGGGGCUGAAGGCACGUCAGGCCAUUCGUCUUGCUCGGCCUGUCCGGGCAUGGUGCCAGGGCUGGGGGCUGGAGGCAUGCCAGGACAUUCUUCCGAACUAUCAGCGUCCGGCAGGAGAUAAGAGGGGCCCGGCUGCGGCAGGGGGAGCGGGCGAGACACAACAGUCAGAGAAUACGUGAGCUUUUUCAUUUUCUAUGAUUUUUUUUUUUUGUAUUUUAUGGUCCCACCAGUUUUUGCAUUCCAGACCUUUCAAUGAACCGUUGUUGCUAUUUUGUCGUGCCGUCGUUUGUGGUCACUCUGGGCGAUCUUUAGUGUUAUGGCUUGUUGCAAAGUCAUCCAGAAGUUCAGACUGUGGAUUUGGCAUUUUUAUCCUUUCCCGGGGACCUGGGAUAGCCAGAUGUGGAUGGGCGACGAUGUUACAGAUACCGUCUCAGGAUGGAAGGUCUUCCAAGUACAGGUGUCCUCGCCUUACGACCACAACUGAGCCCAACGUUUCUGUUGCUAAGCGAGACAUUUGUUAAGCGACUUUAGCCCUGACUUUUCUCACCACAUUCAUUAAGUGAAUCAUUUGCAGUCCUUAAAUUAGUGACACGGCUGUUAAGCGAAUCUGGUUUUCCCCACUGGCUUUGCUCAUCAGAAGGUUGCAAAAGGGGAUCACGUGACCCAGAGACACUGUGACCGUCAUAAAUGCGAGUCACUUGCCGAAUUUGGAUCACGUGACCAUGGGGGAUGCUGCAACGGUCGUUAAGUGUGAAAAAUGGUCAUAAGUCACUUUUUUUCAGUGAUGUUGCAACUGUGAAUGGUCACUAAACGAACCGUUGUUAGUCAAGGACUACCUGUAUUGUAAAGUAUUAUCGUUAUAUUGUUAUAUUAUUACCUUGUUUCCCCCCAAAUAAGACCUCCCCGAUAAUAAGCCCAAUCGGGCUUUUGAGCGCGUGGCAAUAAGGCCAAGCGCUUAUUCCAGGGUUCAAAAAAAUUAUAAGAUAGGUUCUUAUUUUCGGGGAAACACCGUAUUAUUGAAAAAAAGAAGGACGGGGCUGACAUGAUACGGUCUUCUAAUAUUUGAGUGGAUGCCACCAAGAAGAGGGGUUCAAUCUAUUCUCCAAAACACAAGAAGCAAAAGAUGGAAACUAAUCAAGGAGAGAAGCAACCAGGGAACUAAGGAAGAAUUAACCAGUGGAACCGCUCGCCACCAGAAAUAGAAUAGAAUAGAAUAGAAUAGAAUAGAAUAGAAUAGAAUAGAAUAGAAUAGAAUAGAAUAGAAUAGAAUAGAAUUUUUAUUGGCCAAGUGUGAUUGGACACACAAGGAAUUUGUCUUUGGUGCAUAUGCUCUCAGUGUACAUAAAAGAAAAGAUACCUUCAUCAAGGUACAACAUUUACAACACAAUUGAUGAUCAAUAUAUCAAUAUAAAUCAUAAGGAUAUAAUAUAUUUAUUUAAGCUUUGCUGGCUGAGGAAUUCUGGGAGUUGAAGUCCACGAGUCUUAAAGUGGCCAAGGUUGGAGACCCCUGGUAUAGGGACUCCUGCUUCAGCAGGGGGUUGGACUAGAAGACCUCUGAGGUUCCCCCCAACUCUUAUCCUUCUAGCCCAGCGCUCCUUUGCACCUGGCUGUGGUUGUGACGGAGCCAUCGAAAGUCUGGCCUGCCACGCUGCCUUGUGGGCGGCGUCUCACACCUGUGGAACCAGAAUCGGAGGCGUUGCAACAUCCAGGGCGAUCAAUCAUCGCCACAUUAAAGAAAAUGGGCGUUUAUUCAUCACUCCGUCCAACCUCAACGGCAGCAGAAAGUGAUUCUGGGCCGCAUCCAGCAGUGAAGGAAAACAAUAAAUAAAUAAAGGCCAGCUUUUCGACAGGGGCAGGGGGGCUGAACCAUGAACCCCCACCCGCGGCGCAUCCGCCUGAAGCCCUGGUUGGUGGCCCAGGUGAACAGCGGCCUGUACCCGGGACUGCGCUGGGUCGAUCCGGAACAGAAGCAGUUUUGCAUCCCGUGGCGCCAUGCCACCCGUCACGUGCCCUGCCAGGAUGACGAAAACACCAUCUUCAAGGCCUGGGCCAAAGAAACGGGCAAGUACAAUGAGAGCGUGGAUGAGCCGGAUCCGGCCAAAUGGAAGGCCAACCUGCGUUGCGCCCUCAACAAAAGCCGCGAGUUCAGCCUCAUCUACGACGGGACCAAAGACACCCCGAUGCAGCCCUACAAGAUUUACGAGGUCUGCGACGCACCCCUGCCCAACGGAGAGAGCUUUGGUGGAGAAGAGCCCGCAGGAUGUGAAGAAGAGGAGGAGCUCCAGAAAAUGAUGCCCACUUUAAGGAUUGCAGAUCCAUCGCACGUCGCAGAGCCCCUGCCCCCCUAUCCAUGGCUCAAGCAAGAGACCCUCUACACCAACUCAUGUGCCAAUGGGACCUUCUCCCACUUGGCUCCCCCAGAGGUGGGGCCUGGACCCCCAGCACCAGCGCCUGUGGGGGCCUUCGCGGUAGGAGGGGAGCCUCCGGUGCCCAACUUUGGCGAAUCUGCAAGCCGGAUGCCGCUGGUGCCCGGGAGCAUGGCCAUGGCAGGAACCUUGGAGCCACUCUCCGAGGGGGGCUGUCCCGCAGCCCCCAUCGAGCAGUUCAUCCCGAAUUUAUUGAUCAGCCCCCACAUGCUGCCAUUGACGGACCUGGAGAUCAAAUUCCAGUACCGCGGGCGUCCGGUGGGGGCCCUGACCAUCAGCAACCCGCACGGCUGCCGCCUCUUCCACAGCCACUUGGAGCCUACCCACGAACAGGUGGAGCUCUUUGGGCCGCUGACUUUGGAGCAGGUGCGUUUCCCCAGCGCCGAGGCCGUCCCCAACGAGAAACAGCGUUACUACACCCACCAGCUACUGGACGUCCUGGACCGGGGUCUCAUCCUGGAACUGCAAGGCCAAGACAUCUACGCCAUCCGGUUGUGCCAGUGUAAAGUUUUCUGGACCGGGCCGUGUGCCGGAGAGCUGGCCGGACCCAAUCCCAUUGAACGCGAGAAGAAAGUGAAGCUUUUUAGCCUGGAGAGCUUCCUCAACGGACUCAUCAUGUUCCAGAAAGGCCAGUCCCGCACGCCUCCCCCCUAUGAGAUUUUCUUCUGUUUUGGGGAAGAGUGGCCCGACCAGAAACCGAAAGAGAAAAAACUAAUCACGGUCCAGGUUGUCCCCGUAGCCGCCCGGCUCCUUUUAGAAAUGUUUUCUGGAGAACUCUCCUGGUCCGCCGACAGCGUCCGCCUGCAGAUUUCGCACCCGGAUCUCAAAGACAAAAUGGUUUCGCAAUUCAAAGAACUGCACCACCUCUGGCAAAUCCAGCAAAACUUGCAGGAGGGGGGGCCCAGCAGCUGGGAAAUGCAAACCGGGGGCAACAGCAUGCAGCAGUGAGAUCCCAAAAGACCCCCGUCCCCAUCCCCAAAGACCCCCCCCCAGUCCGGUGGCAUUUGGAUGGCACCAUUCCACUGGGCAUGCAAACGCCAGCAAGAGCUGUCCCAAAUAAGGCUGGCCUUGCCCUGCCCCACUGAGCCAUUCCUGAGGAAGGGAGUGGGUCUCCUGGCGCACCCCAGCUCCGCUUUGCAAGCCCCUCGUAAGCUUCCGGCUUCCAAUAACCUCCGAAGCAUGUGGGCACCCCAGAGGUCAUUUAGAGCAGGGGCUGCCAACCUUUCGGCCCUCAGGGACCACUAAAUUCAUCGUUUUAAAUCCCGCGGACCAGUGCCAUGGAUCUUUUGAAAGAUAAAUAGUAUUUAGUGCAAUAUAAAAAUGCCAAUAAGUUUUCCGCGGACCACCAAAAUUUUCUCAUGGACCACCGGUUGGUGACCGCCGGUAUAGAGGAGGUAGGCUGGCCGGCUUCUCCCGCUGCAAGAUAAGAGAGAGAAGCUGGGACGGAUCGUUGGACAGGAGUGGGUGGGUAUAUCUGCAUGAAAUGGAAAACUUGAACUCUGAACCGAAGCGGGCUCGACUGGGAAGAAGCGCGCUCCGCUUCUCGCCAGGACGGACGCCUUAAAAGAAACGGGUUGAAAUUUGGGGCCGUUUGCUGGUUCGUAGUUUUGGGCCCUGGAGAAGGAAAACCUUGCAGCUGAUAUAAGGAUCCCCCCCACUCCCCUUCUCCUCCUUCUGAGCCCCCCUCCAUCCGAUCGAGGAGGAACUUCCAUGUUUUAAAUUUUAAACGGAAUAUCAUGCAGGAUGGAGAAGUUGGCAUGGGGCGAACGUGGCAAGGUGGCACCCAAGUUCGAAACUCAAGGGAUUAAAAAUCACCCGGGAUUUAGGAACGUGCUAAAUCCCAGGACUUUUUUUCUCUCUCUCUCAAAACAAUGGCUGCGUUCUUUAAACUCCAUAAAAUCUGGGACUCCCUGAGGUCUUCUAGUCCAACCCCCUGCUCGAGCAGGAGAUCUUGCGCCCUUCUGGUCUUCGAGGCUUGCCCUCCUGACCCAUCCAUGGUUUUGAACUUUUUUUGUUUUCCCCCUAGAGCAGGGGUCUGCAAACUUGGCUCUUUUAAGACUUGUGGACUUCAACUCCCAGAAUUCCUCAGCCAGCUUUGCUCUUUUAAGACUUGUGGACUUCAACUCCCAGAAUCCCUCAGCCAGCAGCCCCUCCCUCCUGGGAGUCUAGAACAGGGGUCUCCAACCUUGGUCCCUUUAAGACUUGUGGACUUCAACUCCCAGAGUUCCUCAGCCAGCAGCCCCUCCCUCCUGGGAGUCUAGAACAGGGAUCUCCAAUCUUGGUCCCUUUAAGACUUGUGGACUUCAACUCCCAGAAUCCCUCAGCCAGCAGCCCCUCCCUCCUGGGAGUCUAGAACAGGGGUCUCCAACCUUGGUCCCUUUAAGACUUGUGGACUUCAACUCCCAGAGUUCCUCAGCCAGCAGCCCCUCCCUCCUGGGAGUCUAGAACAGGGGUCUCCAACCUUGGUCCCUUUAAGACUUGUGGACUUCAACUCCCAGAGUUCCUCAGCCAGCAGCCCCUCCCUCCUGGGAGUCUAGAACAGGGAUCUCCAAUCUUGGUCCCUUUAAGACUUGGG